UGGCUAUGAACCAUCAGCACAAUGGCUAGCACCAAUGAUAAAAACCAUUCAAAUCAUUUUCUAGAAAACAAGACCAUAGUCAUUGCAGGGGCAGGCAUUGCUGGAUCUGCUUUCUUAGUCGGCCUUCAGAAACUAUGGAAUACGAAUCUCGGCAAGCCAACCAUCAUCAUAUACGAACGUGAUGCACAAGACGUAGCUGCUCAAAGAGAGACAUACAAUCUAUCUUUGACCGGGUUCGACGACUCGGGCGGCCUCGUUGCGCUCAGAAACUUCGGCUUACUUGAUGAAGCUCUAGGGAGAGCUGUUUCGGGGAUUGGCGGAGUUGGUUCUUUCAAGAUAUGGGACGCCAGGUGGAAAGAACAGGUCUCAUUCAGCAGAAAACCCGUCUCUGGGAUUCCGUCAACCAGCAUUCGAAUUUCUCGAAAGGACAUUCGUCAAGUCCUCCAGAAUUCAUUCUGUCUUGAUGAUUACUGUACCAUCCGCUGGGAGUCGCAAUGUGUUUCUGCCACCCAACUCUCGGAUGGUCGCUUAAGAGUACGAGUGAUUCACGGAAACGGUGACUCUGAGAGCGAACACGACUGUGAUCUCCUUAUAGCUGCGGAUGGGGCGAACAGCAAGCUACGACAAAGCCUUCGCCCAGACGAUACGCUAAUUUAUAACGGCGCAGUGCUCAGAGGAGGAAUUGCAACAUUCCAAGAGUCUCUUCCACAGCAACUUAGUGAAGAUUGGGGCUUCGUCGUCUCACGCACUGGUGUGUCGGCUUUCUUUUCGCCCAUCGACAAACACAGAAUCCUGUGGACUGUUGGCCAGAAGGAAAACCAUGUGCCCCGACUGGAUCAUGGGUCACAGACUGAAGUGCAGGCCGUCAUAGACAAGAGUCUUGAGCUUGGAUCGCACAUUCCCGAGCCCUUCCCGAGCAUUGUCAAGCAAACCGACCCCAAGACAGUUUUGCUCUUAAACUCACGAGAUAAGAUGCCGUUUUAUCAUGACGACAUAGCAAAAAUACCUGCCAUCUUUCUCGGCGAUAGCAACCAUGCACUCAGCCCAUUUGCAGGAAUUGGGGCCAAUUUGGCACUGGUGGAUGGAUGGGACAUGGCAAACCAGCUUUGCAGCCAGAACAGCUUAGAGGAGGCUGUCAAGGCAUACGACGAUCUCAGUGUGACAAGAGCAACACGACAUGUCAAGCGGUCGAGAGGAAUGAUCAAGGCCGCUCAUGACACCGGUUUGCGAUACUACCUGUUUUGGUGUAUGUUGUUUGUGGGCAAGUUUGUGAGAUGGGUCUUGUUUAAGACGGGCCGUUGAACUGAGCUGGAUGUUUAUUAGCGGGGAUUGCGGGAGAAGCGGCAGACUAGACUUAUGCAGGGAGGCUAACAAGGUUUGACAGCUCUUUGUACCUAGACCGCGACGUAAGAUUGCUGAAUUUCCAUGUCGCUGUUGAUAUCGCCAAUAGGGCGUCUAUUUCGAGGAAAAUGUUGACCGAUCAAGAGAACGAAUUGAGUUUUGAGUUGUAAAAAUAGACCACGUAAGGUACCUCG